CUGCUAGUUCUUGUGUCAGUAUACUUGAUGAUCUUCUUGAUUCUUGGUUUUUGUUCAUAUGGACACCUCUUUAGGAGGGGUGAUGAUUAUUAGAAGAUACCUAUAUGAGGUAUCCUCAAUUCUUGUCUCUUGCAAGUGUUAAUCUCUGUAUCCUUGAUGUCUCAGCUUUGACUUGACUCUAGGAUAACUUGAUUGUAAAUCUGCUUAGCCUCGCCUCCAUGAGCUACGAGGUAAAGGGGUAGUCCUUGAAAUACUUGAUGCCCUAGAGUUUUGUUCCAAGGGAAAUGAUUCUUUGAUCUGGCUGCUUGGAUUUUUGUUUGCCCUUUUAAUUGGAAGACAGUAAUCUUCUAAGCAUCUUGAUCCCAGCCAUUGCUUUGUUCUGUUAAUUAAUUCUAGUACUUAAGGUGCUAGAUUUUGACAUCCUGGUUAUAUCUGCUCUUGAAUCCGUGUUCUGAUUGUCAUUAUUGGAAUCUCUUGUGUGGGCUCUCUUUUGUGGGCCUAAUUUUUGGAAUUCUAUUACUUGUUUCAUGGUUAACUCUUGUCUCUUAAUUUUGACUGCUUGGUUAAAUUUGAUCUUGACUCUAGCUUUGACUUGACUCUAGGAUAACUUGAUUGUAAAUCUGCUUAGCCUCGCCUCCAUGAGCUACGAGGUAAAGGGGUAGUCCUUGAAAUACUUGAUGCCCUAGAGUUUUGUUCCAAGGGAAAUGAUUCUUUGAUCUGGCUGCUUGGAUUUUUGUUUGCCCUUUUAAUUGGAAGACAGUAAUCUUCUAAGCAUCUUGAUCCCAGCCAUUGCUUUGUUCUGUUAAUUAAUUCUAGUACUUAAGGUGCUAGAUUUUGACAUCCUGGUUAUAUCUGCUCUUGAAUCCGUGUUCUGAUUGUCAUUAUUGGAAUCUCUUGUGUGGGCUCUCUUUUGUGGGCCUAAUUUUUGGAAUUCUAUUACUUGUUUCAUGGUUAACUCUUGUCUCUUAAUUUUGACUGCUUGGUUAAAUUUGAUCUUGACUCUAGGUGAAUGCCGUUUUGUUGUUGAAAAUUUUGAGGCAUUCUACCUUGCACUCUUAUGUUCCAAUAUUCUUCCAAGCAUUCAUAUUUUCUACUGAUUUCAUUUUGAUGCUAUUUUGGAAAUUUCACGUCAUUUGAUGGUCCUAACUUUUAACUCUUGUUAAUUGCUAAAAUCUGUUUCUUGAUUCCAAUUGCUUUGUUAAACAUGACCUUGUUUAUUGGUUAACUUUGUUUUGUGGCAUAAUUUAUAAGGCAUCCAUGUACUUGUUCAUUCAUUUAUGAUCCAUAUAUUCAUUGGAUGCUUUUCCGUCUUUGAUAGAGUUCAAAGUUUUGUUGUACUCAUCUUUAAAUCCAUGCCAUUCUUUGCCAACUCGUCUUGUGAUGGGUUCAAAGCGUAACCCCACAACUGUUUCUUUUGUGGCCUUGGCAGGAUUUAUUUCUAUUCCUUGUGCUUUCCGUAUUACCCCAGCCUCUAGUAGCUUAUUUGAUGGCAAAUCUUGUUAAGUGAUUAGUGUUCUGCUUUUUAAGAUUAGUCGUGAUUUGAUAUCAGAGUGGCGCAGCGGAAGCAUAGUAAGCCAUGUCUGUUCAUAGAAAGUGAGUGGGACAUUUGUUUUACCUCAGAUUGUGUGAAGCCAUUCACCAAUCUAGAUGGUCCUCAAUUUGAGUUUUGGGGACAAAACUCCUUUUUAGGAGGGGUGAGUGUAAUAUCCCAAAUUUUUGGGAAUAUUUAAGUGUAAGUUAAGGGCUAAAUUGUGGAAAAAUAUUGUUUUGGGCUUAAGAGCCAAAAUAUCCAAAGUUGAGGGGCUUAAAAGAGUAGAAAUUGGAUAAGGAUGGCUUAUUU